GACAUUAUUAAUCUUAGUUCUAAGAAUAUUUCAAGCGUUACAUCACACUGACGAUCUGCGGACUUGCCGCAUUAAGAAGGUCCACACACCGCUGGACCCUGCGGACUUUCUCUUGAUUGCUCUCCGUGGGAAUUUUUACACUUUCCUCACAAGACGACAUGAAGAGGAUCAGAUUUCUCGGAGACUAUGGCGAUGGCAGCGGGUCCAAACGCAAGCAAGUAAAGAAAGCUUGUGAUCCUUGCAGGAGAGGAAAACGGAAAUGUAGCCAUGGUAUCAGCGAUGAGACCCCAGUGCAACAGGAAAGAGUUAGGCAUCAAGUGACCAUGGCCGUGUCGGAUUUGUUAGAUGGCCAACUCCCUGUUCGUCCCGUAGAUGAACAGCCGCUCGAAUCAUUCGACUCCAGAGAAAUUGAUAACAAUAAUCAGCAAGCUUUACCAUCCGCACUCGCUUCACGAUUCACAGCCCCCUUCGCUGGGGCCUCGUCAGCGCACUCCCUUUUCCUCUCUAUUUGCACGGCUUCAGGUGUAGAGAUGGACCCAACACAGCAGCUCCCUCCAUCGCGUAUCCUCCGCCCUUCCUUUCAGGAUAUGAGGGCACCACCCUCCGAGCGGCGUCCGGGUGUCGCCGCGGGCUACCUACCAAUGGUGGUGAAAGCAGUAUUACCAUAUUUGGAAAUCGAAUGUCUCCAGAUUCUCCCUCCACAGCCAGAUCUUGAUGCUAUCAUAGAGAUAUACAAGCAGGAAAUCCACCCUAUCCUCCCCAUCGUCGACUUCAGCACUCAGGCAUUUACCGGCCCCAUCAGUCAAGAGAAUCCGGCUACCAUCGUAUUGAGGCAGGCUAUCUGCCUGGCCGCCUGCAAGAGCCCUUCAGCCAAACAGUACCUUAACCUUCCGGAGAUUGAAGAUGGGCAGUUCGCUCUCAAGACGCCCCGUGAUUUUGCUGACAGACUCUUCGGCGUUCUAAAGAUAGCUCAAGAUAUCGGACUCGUCGACGAUAGAUUAGAGCUUGUCCAGGUCCUCGCUUUAAUGACCUUUCACUCCUAUGGUCCAGAUGGAGAUGACGAAGUUGCCCGAUUAUGCGGCUUAGCUGUUCAUUUUGCUUAUUCUUCUGGGUUACACUACUCUUCGCGGCCCGGAGACGUGAUUUCGGAAGCACGCCGUGUGGAGUUACUUUGCUCCCUGUUUGCACUUGAUAAGAUCGUUGCCAUGAUAACCGGUCGGCCAACAAUGAUUCACAUUAACGAGAUAUAUUUACCAACACAAGACGACAAUAUAAUGAGAUCGUUAUCCCCAGGCCUUACGUUACUAUUUCGUCUAUGUAAGAUGCUUAACCGUGUCCUAGACCUGUAUCAGGCGGGGUCGCCCGAUGAGAUAGCAAAAGAAAAUUGUAUUUGGGAAGCAUCAUGGCCCGAGUUUGAGGAGCUGGUAAAAGACUGCAAUGCUCAAAUCCUGCAUCCAUCCACGCAAGCCUGCCUAGAGCUACUGUAUAACGUUAUCGGCGUCAUAUCCUACCGCCCAGCCCAAAUCGAAACCAUCGAACCUCGUAGCUCUGAAAGUACAUUGCCUUUGAUAAUGCAAAGCUCAAGAGUUAGACACAAGUAUUGCGCUCAGCAAAUACCAUUCCUUUUCGAUCUUCAUAUAUCAAAACUUCCCUUCAUCCCGUACGCGGCAUCUCUGUCCCUGACAGUAGCUCUGCGCAGUUUAAGGCACACUACACUGGAAACCACAAGGAAGUCGGCCAGGGAUGAUGUAGAGAGAAGUCUUAGGAUCCUCGACGAACUCGCGGAGACAUAUUGGCAUGCGGAACAGGCGAGUCGAGUUGGCCGUCAAUUACUCCAGACCUAUGAUGGGGCUGCAUACUAAAAGUCUAGGUGAUAAUCAAAAUUUACCUACAUGUCUUAAAAAAACCACAAUAAGAAACAAAAAAAAAAAA